AUGCCAAAGACCUUUGGACCGAUCAGGAAGGCCGAUACCAUUUACUCUGAUGAGACAGGAUUUGAUGAGAGCCUCAAGAUCGACAUUGAUUUUGAAAAGGUGGAGUUUGUCGAAACCCUGAGAAGUUCAGAGGCGUCGUCAAUAUUCCAUGUCAACUACUAUGGCAAGGCCCGAGUUCUAAAAGUUUUCCAUAAUAACGGAGAUCCUGGGUAUGCAUCGGACCGUAUUCGGGAUUUAAACCGCUCUCGCUGCGAAAUUCGUGCCUACUGCCGCCUCAAACAGUUCGGAAUAUGUGAUACUGGUUUCGUUCCGAAGUUUUACGGGUUUGCGGUAGAUAUCGACCCGGCGAACUGUGCUCCUCAUCUUGACGCUUUUCGACAAGAUGUCAACCCUCCCUGUGCCAUUCUAAUUGAGUAUCUAUCAAAGCCUCUGCUAUUGAACUGCGUCACUUAUACCCCAGAGAGAUUGCGAAAGGCAGUUAUUGGCCUCCAGCAAAUUCACUCUGCUCGAGUCGAGCACAAUGAUCCUUAUCCAAAGAACAUUAUGAUUGUUCCUGGUGAUCCUGAGAGAGUUGUGUGGAUUGAUUUUGAUACCGCAAUCGUUCUCCCCGAAAACAGCCCAAUUGGACGGAAGGAACAUCAGCGGAUUGACUUUGAAACUGCUGUUGUUGAAAGUUUCGGGCAGUUGCUUGAAGAAGACCAGAAAAAAGGUCUCCCACCCAAUACCAAAUUCUACUAA